UCAGAUUCGAGCACAUUCUCAGUUUAUGGAAUCCUGUCGUCCCAAUGUGAAAAAUGUGAAUUGGAGCAAUGCUCGCAUCCAGUGAAGAGCCUGCCAACAAGAUGCGUCGGCUUAACACUGGUGAGGAUUGGAACCGCAAGCUGCUAGCCAGUGGCCCUUAUGCAGCGGUGGUUCCAGAUGGCAGUGUACCUUUUGUAAACAGGCAUGAGGAGAUGUUCGACCUUUUUGAGGCCAAUGCUGAUGUGAUAUUGCGAUUGCAAAGGGCUCGCGCUGAAUCUCUGCAAAUCGACAAUUGGCGACCAUGCAGAGUAGCCAUAGCUGCGCAGAUGUUUGGCAGCGGAAAAACAACUCUUGGCCGCAACUUCAUACAGCAGUUGAAGGACUCAGAGUACGAGAAGUUUGCAAAAGAAAAGAUAGCCCGAUUAGAGAAUAAAAUGAUUGAAGAAUCCCUGGAAGCUGAAUGGAAUCUGAUGAAGAGGGCACGCACCCUAUAUUGGGAUCUCUCUGGAUGCCACACCGUGGAAGCCGUCGCAGACCGCCUUACAGGCAAGAGCCACGGGGAUGUCUCAGGCCACAUUGCCAACCAUGUGAUGUGCAAAGCCAUCAAGGGUGGUGCGACGCCUUUAUUUGUUCAUUUUGAUGAAGUUGGGGAACUCGGCAACCAAGUUGGCGACCUGCGUGAGGCAAUCAGACAGACAUGGAGCAAGAUGUUGGAGCAAGAGGCCGAUCAGCCGAUGCAACGCAUUUAUUUUUUUCUCAGUGGCAGGGACGUCCCAUUGAAUGCGUUGGGCAAGCCCGGCUCACCAAUUGGGACAAAAUGGAUCAUCCUAGACAUGCUCAAAGAAGAGCACAUCAAGAGCAUCCUCAGCACAUCGACACUGUCACAAAAGCUUCGUGAGUUCAGUGAGUUGAAUGGACUGCCAAAGACACUGGUACAAUGGACAGGUGGCAGCCCCCGACUCCUAGUCUACUGCCUCAGGGCCUUGCAUCACCUAAGCGAGGAAGGGGUAUCGACUGGAGACGGUGAGCAGACCAUGGAAAUGGUGUAUAGUAUCUUCCAGGAAGUCCAGGCAAUCGCUGGUGAGGUUUUCUUGGCUGCAGAAGAUGAGGGGGACUGGCGCGAGACAUGGAUGUAUUUGAUCUUGUUGGCACAGCUGCGGGUGCCUUGUCACCGCAGAAUGGUUGUACAUGUGGGCAACAGUGAGAACAAUCUGGAGACGCUGCUAGGCCGAUUGAACAUCUACAUCAGCAAACCAUCCAAACUCAUUGUGGGUAUAGAAGACCCUUUUUACAUUUGCCACAUGAAGAUGGUGGAGAAGUUUGUGCGUGCAAGAUUCAGCUCAGAUUGCCGGGUGCACUUGUUCCUGGGUGCCGAGACGGGAAUGAAUGCUGCUCAGCUUUUGGAGUGCUUGGUGGAGCAGCGAAUCAUUGUGAAAGCUUGCUUGGGCCAGGAUUUUGCUUGCUUAUGGAAGGUCCUGCUGAACCCAUUGCUUGACGGUACAAUGGCCGCUGACAAGGUGGUAGUGCUGGAUAAGGGAUCUCCUUUGAAACCCUUUCCAAAGAUCACGCAGCAAGCAAAGUCCUUGUCUGAGGUGACGUUGCCACUCCCCAACAUCCUACACCCCAACAACUUGUCGGCCGCCAUGGAGAAGCUCGACAGCAACAAAGUAUAUCGACCAGGUCAAAAGUCAGGGAGCGCUGAUACUUUCAUCAAGCAAGAAGGCUUUGUCAUUGAGUUGCAAGACAAGAGCGGUGUAGCAAGUGGCAUCACUUGGAGCGACAUAUGCAAAGAAGUGAACAAGUGCUUGAAGGAUGGCCAUGUGAUUUGGGUACUGAUCGCGAUCAAACUGAGCGAGACAAUGCUGCGCUGGGUCGGAGACAAGCCACUUGUGCUCAAGGCUGGCUACUACCAGGAAGAGGCAGUGUCAAAAAACAGCAUGCUUUUGUACCGGCCGGAGUGCAGUAAGCAUUGGACUCAGAAGAUCGUAAACGGGAAGUUCGAGAAGCUCCCCAGCGGGAAGAACACCACAGGUCAACAUACAGAGUUGCUAGUACGUGAGAAUUUGGAGGUAGUGAUAGCUCCUCCAUCAGCAAUCAAAGAGUUCCUUGGAGCAGAGGAUUUCGAAAUUGUCCAGCGCUUGGCUGAGCAAAAGACCGAUGAAGCAAUUGGUGGAAAGAUUGAAGUACCUUUUCUGAGCCGCUUUUACAACUUCGGUUCAAGGGCAAGCACAGGCCACGAUACUGCAACCAGUUCUGGAGCAGGCCCUCCGCCAGCAUCUCCUCACCGUGUGACCAUUGGCGUGCAACAUGGGGAUGCCGAGGGCAAAGUGAAGUUCAGCACUGCAGCUGCUCCGGAGGUCAUCAAAGAAGCAAUCCGCAACGAGCUGCACCUCCCUGAAUACCAGCGCUUCCAGCUGAAGGAUGCUGAUGAUUGCGGAGUGCCGGUGGAUGGCAAUUUGCCACCUGGCAAAUACAAAGUCGUCUUGCUCGAGGCAUGAUGUGUUGUAGCCUUAGGAUGGGUGUACAGUAUUGUGAUCGGAUACUGCAGCGUAUGGAGUCUUGCUGAAGCUAUUCCAGUAUUACGCCGUGCAUGCAGAACAUCAUUUUGUGUUUCAAGUUUCACGUUGUACAGUGCCCAAAUCCAAAACCCGACACACAUUGGUACAUGAGCAAAAGGGAGGAAAAGUCUGAAAUUGC